AAUACUAUCAGUCGACACAUUCAACUUUCUACUUCUUUCCUUCGAUAACACUUCCAGUACACCUAUCAAAUCAAAAUGGCCGGCAAGAUCACCGCUGCUUUCCUCGUCUUCGUCACCAUCGCUUUUCUCGCAAACGUCGGAUUUGUCGUCGGCAACCCUGCGAUCGCAACUGGAUACGAUCCCCUGGAGGUUUGCAUCGAGAACUGCGCACAGUGCAAGAAGAUGCUGGGCGCGUGGUUCGAAGGUCCCCUCUGCGCUGAAUCCUGCAUCACCUUCAAGGGAAAGCUGAUCCCUGAAUGCGAAAACUUCGCGUCCAUCUCACCUUUCCUAAACAAACUUUAAUUUUCUACUAUGAAGCUGUAUGGAUUGAUUUGAUUGAUCGGGUAUCUCUGUGAAAUGCCAUUCGGCAGUAGGUUCAAUU